AUGCCUUCGACACACAAUAAAGAUAAGCCUUGGGAUACACCUGAUAUUGACAAAUGGCAAGAACAGGAAUUUAAACCUGAAGACAACGCUUCCGGCCAACCUUUUGCUGAAGAGUCUAGUUUCAUGACUCUCUUUCCGAAGUACAGAGAAGUUUACUUGAAAUCGAUUUGGAACGACGUGACGAGGGCUUUGGAACAGCAGCAUAUUACUUGUACUUUGGAUCUUGUAGAGGGAUCGAUGACUGUCAAGACGACCAGAAAGACAUUCGAUCCCGCCAUUAUUUUGAAAGCACGAGAUCUCAUCAAAUUGCUUGCCCGCUCUGUACCGUUCCCACAAGCUGUAAAAAUUCUACAGGAUGAUAUGGCUUGCGAUGUCAUUAAAAUCGGCAAUUUUGUUAGCAACAAGGAAAGAUUUGUGAAAAGGAGGCAGCGUCUAGUUGGACCAAACGGAAACACACUUAAGGCCUUGGAAUUGCUAACGAAGUGUUACAUUUUGGUCCAGGGAAAUACAGUCAGUGCAAUGGGGCCUUAUAAAGGAUUAAAAGAGGUUCGCCGUGUUGUCGAAGAUUGUAUGAAAAAUGUACAUCCGAUUUACCACAUCAAAGAACUUAUGAUCAAGAGAGAGCUCGCCAAGAGGCCAGAGUUGGCAGAGGAGGAUUGGUCUCGGUUCUUACCAAACUUCAAGAAGAGAAAUGUUGCUCGUAAAAAGCCCAAACACGUUAUAUCAAAGGAAAAGAAAGUUUACACUCCAUUUCCUCCUGCUCAACUACCUCGUAAGGUUGAUCUCGAAAUAGAGAGCGGUGAAUACUUUCUGAACAAAAGAGACAAGGAAACCAAGAAAUUAGAGGAAAGGAAGCAUCAGCAGGCCGUUAGACAAAAAGAAAGAGAAGAGGAAAGAGCUCAAGACUUUAGGGCUCCAGAAGAAGCAGAGUACUCGAAGCCAAAAAGGAGUGCUCAUUUUGAGAAGGAGGGUGAAGACAAGAAGAAAAAAUCGAAGUCUCAAUAG